CAGCAGCUUGAGGCAAAGGCUGCAACCAUUGCAGAUUUGCACUCGAAGAUUUACCAGAACAUCCAAAUAGCACAACAGAGACAGAAAAUCUCUUUUGAAAAACGCAAGGGAAAGAAUGUGAAAUCUUUCCUGAUUAACGUUGGAGAUGAGGUCCUAAGAGCGAAUAAGAGGAAGGAGGGCCGAAAAGGUGGAAAACUGGAGUGCAACUGGUUUGGCCCUUAUGUGGUUUCCUCAAUCACCAACAAGGGUGUGGCAACCCUGUUGAGCUCAACAGGAGCUCAGCUGAGACAGAGUGUGAAUGUGUCUCAGCUGAAGCCCUUUAUCAGGCCUAUGUUGAGAGCUGAACCGAAGUUGGAUUCGGAGGGGUCUAUUGCUGACCACCAGUAUGCCCUCUCUGGUGCGAAAUACGCAAAGGAUCUACAUCCGAUUCAAGACAAGCUGCUCAGCUAUGUGCUAGACCACAAUAGGCCUGGAGCAGAGGUCAUUGUGAAGGAGGGUGAUGUGUGCCUGACCAGAGAGGACUUUUGGAGCCUGGGUCUUCCUCAGUGCAUGGAGUCAAAUAUUGGAAACACGUGCCUGAAGAUGGUACAAGAAGCCAAAGACAUGGCAAAGAUAUAUACAUCGUGGAUAUGUAUGUGGUUCCUACCUGGAAGUCCAAAACAGCUGACGCGUUGGCCAGUUUUCCAGCUGACCAAUUGGCCACCAAGGACAUGGUUUUCAUCCCUGCCUGGAGUCGGCAGCAAGGAAAGGCAGAUCACUAUUUGCUUUGCUGACCUAGCGCACCGCAUUGCUCCAGGUCAGUGGACAGUAAAGUUCGGCAGAGACGUCAAGGGUUUGCCUCACCAAACCACGGGCAAUGACUGUGGUGUCUUCAUACUGAUGUAUGCACUCAACUUCAGCACAGAUGCUCCACUUUGGUUUACCGAGCGGGACAUAGCACAGAUCCGGAAAUGGUGGUGCAUUAUGCUCAUGGAACGGUACCAGAUUGAAGGGUAAAUCAUACAUUUUAAAUGUUACUUUAUAGACAACAGUUUCUUUGACACUGAUUUACAUUUUCAUCCUGAUAUUAUGUGAUUUUUAUAGCCAUGGACAGAGGUUUUCUUACUGGACCAAUGAGGCCGAAGAGCUGCUCAAAGGGGCACUGGAGCCAGUGUACAGGGUCUCAAAGAAGCAAAAGACAGAACAUGAGGUCAAUAGGCACACUCCUGUUUGUGAUAAAGAAAUGUCCAGUUUCAAAAGUCCGACAUGUGCUUCAUAUUGGAGCUGCCAAACUGUCUUCUCUCGGA